UUCGCGCUUCCAUUGAGUGGUCUGGAAAUCGAACGAUUGCAGUACGAAACAGGUUUGAGUGUUAUAGGGGAUUAUAGAACGAGUGAGCAUAAUCCGAAAUGGAAAUGUACUGAUUCCGUUGCUGCAGAAAUAGGUGCUCAACUUGCACUUAAUAAAAUCGAUUAUACAAACCGUAUAUUGUCAGAAUUGUCCGAUCUUCAAAAACUUGAAGCGACAUGCAGGUUAUAUGAAGGGAAAAUAAGUACGCUAAACGAAUGCCCAAUGAAUGAUCAAGUUCAUCCAAGUGCUAUAAUAGUUUUAUUGCCUCUUAUCUGCCAUGAUCGCUACAAAAUUCUUGCAAAUAUGCGAGAAUGUUCUUCAACUAUGGAAGAGGCUAUCGGUGAAAAAUGUCAAAAAUAUUGCGCUUCUCGUUUACUCAAAGGUUUCGACGCAACAAGUCCAUAUUCUUGUGAAUUUGCAUCUUGUACUGCAAAUUGUAUUAAUGCUCAGGUAAGAGAAUGUGAUAAUUCCCGUGAAGUAAGUAAUCUGUACAAUGAGCUAGCUGGAUGGCAGUUAUUGAUGGGAAUGGAAAAUUCAUUCAAUGGCGAUUCAGAAUUAACCUAUCGUUAUUUGGCAUCAGCAGAUUUCCCAAAAUAUUGUCAUGAUAUGAUUACAAGAACAUUGAUUGCAUCAAGUGGACAAUCAACAUUCGAACAAAAAAAGACUGGGAAUACUGAAAAUGAAUCGCCUUGA